CGUAUUCACCAAGGGGGAGCACUCUGGUACCAUAGCUGUCAAAAUGGCUUUACCCGGACUAGAAUUGAUGUUUAAUUCCGUCAAAACACAGAUUAAAGCGCCACAGGAUAGUGUGAUAUGUGUACUUCAUUGGCAGAUAGUUUCAUCAGGUUUCAAGUGUAUCGGAGUCGGGGAAAAGAGUGGUAGAAAUGAGGAGGAAACAGAAAUGUUACCUGAUGGAUGGAAUACAUCACCUGACCUUUAUGUGCUACGAUACAAAUCUGAUGCUACUGGUGCUGUAUAUGUUUUCAAAGUAAUUGCUGUAGAUGGAACGUUAUUGGUACAUUUCUGGAAAGACGGGGAGGACAGUAAAGUUGCCACCAUGAAUGUCUGUACUGAAGAUUAUGCUACACAAGACUUCUCCUCAUACAAAAAUGCAUUGAGGCAUGUCAGUGAGUUGUGUAAACAUUUCAAGAAGGAAAUUCUUGAUGAGCUGAAGCCUUCCAGUCCAAAGGCAGGAACAUCAAGGAGGGGCAAUAACUCUAGACAGAGAGAUGAUCAUGAUCCCCUGCGGGUACCAGGCACAGGAAGUAGAAGGCCCAGGCCAACUCCUGAAUGGAAUGAUCCUGACGACCCCUUCUCAGUAGGUCGUGGUGACCUGGACCCCUUGCAUGGUGGGAUUGGUGGGGGUAUGUUGUUUGAUCCUAUGAGAGGAGGGAGAGGACCAAGAUUUGGCAUGGAUCCAAGUGCUGGAUUACCUUCUAGAUUACCUCCAGGUGCUGUUCCACCAGGGGCUAGAUUUGACCCAUUUGGGCCCCCAGGCACACAUCCAGGCCAGAGACCAGGACCAGACCCUGAUCACAUGAAGCCACCAGAUUAUGAUGACAUGUUUAUGUAGAUGUCAGCUAAAGUUGUCUCGGUAUUGCUUCUACACAGAUAAAGGUAUAAUUGGACCAGUUAGGAAAUCUGGAGAAGGAAGACCAAAUUUAUUAGCAAAACUUCAGCAUUGGAGAAAUACUUGUUAGAAAAAUCAACAGGUCCUUCUUUUUAACCAGUGAUGAUCAUCACCAAACUGUGUCUAUAGCAUCCUUAUAGGGACCUUAUUCAAGUUUGUUCAAAUGGUAUUGCUUUCCCCAUUAUACAGACUGCCAGAGCUAAAUAUAUGACAGACAAUUUACACUACAGUUGAAUAUCGUUACCUCGAUAUCGGUUAGCUCAAUACUCCGGUUAGCACGAUGUAUUUGAGUCGGUCCCGAUAUUUCCCUAUUUAUCUUAAUGUAAUUAUUUUUCAUUACCUCGAUAUGAUUAGCUCGAUAUUUUGCUUAGCUCGAUGAGAUUUUUCAGUCCCGUCAACUUACCUAUACUGUUUUCACACCUGGUUUUAUCGAUUUCACAGAAUGUCAAAAAAUAUCCAUGUUAUUUGUACGGUGUGAAAAUCAACCUAUUUUUAUCCAGUGAUGUAUUAAUCAUAUUCAAGUUAGUUUGUGUUUGUUUUGUUUGUUAUUUAAUCUCUAAUCCAAUUUUAAUGUCAGGAAGUUAUUUAACUCCCAAUAAUUAGUCUUAUAAAACAAAGAAGUAUAAAAUAAAAUUUAUUUUUAUAACGCUUUGUAUAAAAGCAGGAAAGCUGUUUUCCAAUAGAACGACUAAUUUGGAUGAAAUAUUUUCUGUUUGACGGAGUAAAACUCUGUUAUUUAGGAUUGAGUAACGGUAUGCAUACUUAACAGGCAAAUUUUCAUUAUCGAAGCACUGUCAAAAUGACUACUCAACUAGGAACAUUAUCGCUGCAUUUGGACUUUUUUAGGGAAGGAAUAAAAAUGUUAAUAUUUAAAUGUAUAUUUGAAAAAUUAAAAAGUUGUAUGUAUGUAUCUAAAUAAAUUAAGAUGCUUUAUUUGUCAAUAAGAUUAAAAUCGUAUUUACGUUUUAUAUUAUUUCUUUCCCCCUUUAAACCCUCUGGAAAAAGCAUUGGAUAUAAUGACAAUAUAGACGUCCGACAAAAGUACAAAGUAGUCCCAGAUAUCGUCGAUAUCGUUACGUCGAACUUCGGAUACGUCGAUGCAAUUUUUACAGUCCCUUGAAUAUCGAGGUAACGGUAUUCGACUGUACUUCUUCUCAUGAACCACUCUGUGGAUUUUCACCAGACUUGGUCUGUAGCAUUCUUGCAUGAGCUUCUCUCAAGGUUGUUCAGAUGAUUUAAGCUUGGACCUUUAUAGGGGCUGCCUGAGCUAAAGAUAGAAAUAAAAACCUUUAAAAAUUUCUCAUGAAGCGUUUGAAGGAUCUCUACCAAACUUGGUGUGUAGCAUCCUUGAAUAAAUCUUUCUUAAAUCGUUCAUCUUUUAUAAGUGUGUGUCACCCUUAUUUAAAGGCAGCCAGUUAUGGGAUGCAGUUUUAUGUUAAAAACUUACUUUUGACAUUUAUUUUGUUGUUAAAAAUAAAUUUUGUUACUUGUUUGAAUGAUUUGCAGUUGGUAAGAAGCCUGUUUUAUUAAAAACGAGCCUUCAUGGAAUAAAUUGCUUAAAUACC